CUUAGCAACUUGCUAUCCCUCAACUUGAAUAACAAUUUGAUACAACAUAUCAACCCCUUAGCAUUCUCCGGCUUAGGUAAUUUACGUGAACUCAAUUUGGGAGACAAUCACUUGGAAGAAAUUCAUCAAGAUGUGUUCAAGAACUUGGGAAAGUUGCAAUAUCUGGAUCUCUCGAAUAAUAGAUUCAAAACUUUGAACCAACAGAUCGUUUCGAGCAACGAAAACUUGCUGCGCUUCAAUUUGAAUGACAACCAAAUUGAAGCUCUUGAUCUUCAAGUUCCCCCGAAACUCAAAAAGCUCGAGGUAACAAACAACGAGUUGAAAAAUGUAACCUUAGUUGGUAAUGGAACUCUAAAAUCUCUUCAAGCAUCUGGGAAUGCAAUUAGUGACCUUCAACUUGACCUUGACAUUGAACAUUUGGAUUUGAAUUACAACCAAAUGGAAUCUUUAGAACCCUUACUUCAUCUCAACUUAACAAGUCUCCAUCUUAGUGAAAAUCCACUUGAAAAUCUAACGGGCAUCAAAAAAUUGGUUAAACUCAAAAAUCUUUGGUUGGAUCGAAUUUCAACGAAAUUUUCAUCUCACAUAUUUGCUUCGUUAACGAAUCUGAAAUCACUCUCAUUAAGCCAAUCACAAAUCUCGACAUUCGAAGUUGAACCAUUGAAGAAUUUAAAGAAACUUGUGUCUCUUGAUUUGAGUAAUGAUGAAAUCAAAACGUUGGAUUACAAGGAGUUAGCAAAGCUGCCAUCUUUUAAAAGGUUGAUUCUAAACUUUCGUGCCUUUAAUUGCUCUUAUUUUACGAAUAUGAGUGAUUAUUUGCACAAUAAGGCAAUUUUGAUGGUUGAUGGAGGUUAUUCGGAUGAAGAAAAUGAAUCGUAUUAUGCGUUUUGUAAUGCAAAAGAGACCUCUUCAAAUUUCUAUGGAAUUGUAAGCUUUUUUGUCAUUUUUGGCAUCAUUUUUGGAGCUAUUAUAUUGUUGGGGAUAAGGUUUGAUUGGAAUUUCAACACUACAUAUCGUAUUUUUAGAAAUUCAGGCAAUAAUGUAUUAGUUUCGAGUGAAAAUCAAUAA